AUGUGCAAUACUUCAUUACAGCAUAACGGUUUUAAUAAUACCGUUGAUCCGUUAUCGUUUUCAACAUUCCGUCUAUUACGCACGUGCAAUCGUUUAAUGCUACCAAAUGCAGAUACGCAAAACUACUAUAACACACCGAAGAACGCUGGAUCCACUGCCAGCGAUCCCAUUCCAUCGAAAUCACCGUUAUUGGAUAUAAUCGAACCGUUAUCGUUGGCUGAUACCGCAGACUCCCUUGACGUGGAAUCUCCCAUCGAUGACACAUAUGAUGAGAAUGAGCAAAAUGGAAAAAUACAUGUUUUCGGUUUACCAUCCACAAUGGACCGUGAUAUAUCGGUUAGUUCUUCUAUAACAGCGCAACCAAUAUGCAGUAAUCCGGCAUUACCAUUAACUAUUCCUCCACUCGGUAUGCUGCCCAUUAGUGGGACCGCAUUGCCACAUAAUAAACCCGUAUUACCGGGCUUUGAAUAUAUUUCACCUACAAAUCAUCCACUUGGCAUAGCAGAUUUUCCUCUAAUGGAACUGAAUAGAGUGGGUGUAUUUCCCGCCUUCCUUCAUCGACGUUCACGUGGCGAAAAGCGUCCAAUUCCAGAUGAGCAAAAAGAUGAGAAAUACUACGAACGACGUAAACGGAACAAUGAAGCUGCGAAAAAAUCACGAGAUGCCAGAAAAAUACGGGAGGACCGUAUUGCUUUCAGAGCAGCCCUACUAGAGCAAGAGAAUUCUAUUUUACGAGCGCAGGUCAUGGCACUACGAGAUGAACUGCAAACUAUGCGCCGCCUAAUUAGUUCGGGUCCAACAUCUGCAGCCGCCUCCGUGAUAGGUGCUAGUAGCAGAGGUUUAAUUGCGUUGUAA